AUGUUCGCAAAUUACGCCGACUACCUGGAAGGCAUUAAAGUCCAGAACUCUGGCUAUAUACAAUUUACACGCUCAAUGAGCAAAGACAACUGGGAAAACGCAAACCCUUGUGAUGUUUAUGUCGUGGACGCAUUGGAAAAUGGGACGCUAGGUCUCCGGUCUUUCGGGGUCCCUCAGCAUGGGCACCAUCCCAUACCUCCAUGGAAUAUUCUCGUUGAUCUGAACAAGCAUCUUCUCGAUCAGCCCAGUGACCUUAGUACACGUAUUAUUAUUGUACAGUGUCUUUCACCGAGUCAUGAUUUAAAAUUCGCUCCUGUCCACGUAAUGGACUUCCUCGGAGUCACAUACGACCUGGAUCCCAUUUUUCUAUGGUCGAUAUAUGAAAGUAUAAAAAACAGGGCAGAAUCGGUCGAUGUAGAUCGGUUGUCAUUUAGCGCGGAUUAUCUCGCACUGCACGUUGAAUUCCAGGGUGGUUCACCUGUUAGGGCAUGGGCCACAAUAACCAAAAAAAUCAUAAAUCACCAUUGUGUGAAAAUUGUCGUCAUAUUCCUCAAUCACCGCUGCGCAAAACUCGACCGGGAGCUUUACCCUACUGUUAAUCCGUUGAAAGGACUCAUAAAGGAAAGACUCCCCGGUUCCAAUUAUGCAUGGAAUUCUCAAAUCACGUUACAGAACGCAUUUGAGGUCUAUAAUGGGUCGCCCGGUGAUCGUGCUGCUCUCGGUGCUCCAGAAUCAGCCCACAUUAAAUUUCUAUUUUACGCUUGGAAAUCAAUGGACACGGAGACUGUUAAGCGUUUCAAUGAAGAGCCUGUAGAAUUCAUGACACCGUUGCUCACCUUGUUCCGACAAGCAUUCGCGGCUGAUCUGCAAAAUUUACGAUCCCAAUACCGGCCUAUAGCUGAGAAAACACACGCAACAGAGUCGCACGAAAUGUUGUUAGCGCUCUGGAUUCAAGCUCGGCGAGAUAUAGAGACAUUUUCUACAACUACACGAUCUAUCGAAGCAUACAUCUCCAAAAAAAUGAGGAAACAAAUCGAUGGCUUUAAACUGUCUGAAAUUGGGGAUGCUAUGAACGAUUAUAUUCGCAUAUUGGCACAAGCUAGAGAAGAUGAGGCCUACAUGAAAGAUAGACUUUCAGUGAAUGUUGGGACUCUUAGUUUAAUCGAGUCGCGAAACUCCAUUGCUCAAUCACGCUCGACCGGACGAGUGACAUUUUUAGCCUUCAUCUUCUUGCCACUGUCCUUAGUGACAUCGUUCUUUGGGAUGAACAUACAGGAACUGACUGGGAAUGGAUCGAGUGGCAACGCGUUUUGUGCCGCCGCGGUUUGCACAACAGCCUUCACAAUUUUUCUGUGGGGAUUGAUAAACUUCAUACUUCGCCUGGUGGAGGCGUGGAAAGAAUACGAUAGAGAGAUUGUGGAAAGUCGGUAUGAAUUGGAUGACUGUACAUUGACCAGAAUACGGGAAACAUGGAAAAAGGUCGUUCCAGAGAAAAAACGCCGGUGA